UAGCAGAGUACAGAGUUCAAAGAGGUUACUGCAUUCCUUCUCUGAUCCAUGGGACACUGUUUCUAUAGACACUGUCACCACCAAAUCAAUCCUGGAGAAGUGGCUCUGUAAGAAACCAAAUUGAAGGUAGAGAGACAGUCAUGUCUGGUGGUGAGCCAGAGCCAAGAAGCUACUACGUGGGUGUGGAUGUUGGAACAGGCAGCGUCCGUGCGGCUCUGGUGGACCAGAGAGGGGUGCUCUUGGCUUUUGCAGACCAGCCGAUUGACAAAUGGGAGCCUCAGUUCAACCACCACGAGCAGUCCUCUGAGGAUAUCUGGGCCGCUUGCUGUGUUGUCACAAAGAAAGUUGUACAAGGGAUCGAUUUAAGCCGAAUCCGAGGACUUGGGUUUGAUGCCACAUGUUCUCUGGUUGUCUUGGAUAAGCAAUUUCAUCCUUUACCUGUAAACUAUGAAGGUGAUUUCCAUAGAAACAUCAUCAUGUGGCUGGACCACCGAGCCAUCAGUCAGGUCCACAGGAUCAAUGAGACCAAGCACAGUGUCCUCCAGUGUGUGGGGGGCAUGAUGUCUGUGGAAAUGCAGGCCCCAAAGCUCCUGUGGCUAAAAGAGAACUUGAGAGAGACUUGCUGGGAUAAGGCGGGACACUUCUUUGAUCUUCCAGACUUUUUAUCAUGGAAGGCAACAGGUGUCACAGCACGGUCUCUGUGUUCCCUGGUGUGCAAAUGGACAUACUCGGCAGAAAAAGGCUGGGAUGAAAGUUUCUGGAAGAUGAUUGGUUUGGAAGACUUUGUUGCUGAUAAUUACAGCAAGAUAGGAAAUGAAGUGCUGUCUCCUGGGGCUUCUCUCGGAAAUGGGCUAACACCAGAGGCAGCAAGAGAGCUCGGCCUUCCCGUCGGCACUGCAGUGGCAGCCUCACUCAUUGAUGCCCAUGCAGGAGGACUAGGAGUGAUUGGAGCAGACGUGACAGGUCACGGCCUCAUCUGUGAGGGCCAGCCAGUGACAUCACGGCUGGCAGUCAUCUGUGGAACAUCUUCGUGUCAUAUGGCGAUCAGCAAAGACCCGAUUUUUGUACCAGGUGUGUGGGGGCCUUAUUUCUCAGCUAUGGUCCCUGGGUUCUGGCUGAAUGAAGGUGGUCAGAGUGUUACUGGAAAACUGAUAGACCACGUGGUACAGGGGCACGCUGCCUUCCCAGAGCUACAGGCCAAGGCCACCGCCAGAUGCCAGAGUGUAUAUGCAUAUUUGAAUAGUCACCUGGAUCUGAUUAAGAAGGCUCAGCCUGUGGGUUUCCUCACUGUUGAUUUACAUGUUUGGCCAGAUUUCCAUGGCAACCGGUCUCCCUUAGCAGAUCUGACACUAAAGGGCAUGGUCACUGGAUUGACACUGUCUCAGGACCUUGAUGAUCUUGCCAUCCUCUACCUGGCCACAGUUCAAGCCAUUGCUUUUGGAACCCGCUUCAUCAUAGAGGCCAUGGAGGCAGCAGGGCACUCUAUCAGUACUCUUUUCUUGUGUGGUGGCCUGAGUAAAAAUCCCCUUUUUGUGCAGAUGCAUGCAGAUAUUACUGGCAUGCCUGUGGUCCUGUCACAAGAGGUGGAGUCUGUUCUUGUGGGUGCUGCUCUUCUGGGUGCCUGUGCCUCGGGGGACUUCGCUUCUGUGCAGGAGGCCAUGACAAGAAUGAGUAAAGUUGGGAAAGUCAUGUUCCCAAGACAUGAAGAUAAAAAAUAUUAUGACAAGAAAUACCAAGUAUUCCGGAAGCUGGUUGAACACCAGAAAGAAUAUUCAGCGAUCAUGAAUGGGGACUGAACAGGGACUCCAGGUGCUGACACUGGAAGGUUCUGUCAUUGUAUUUGAGACCUCCUUCCUUUCAUCUUAUAUUCAAGACUCUUUAGGUAUCAUUUCCUUAUUUCUGCUUUGUCUCCUAAUAAAAAAAGAACUUAGACACAU